UGAGAGAUUCUUGCUUGUUUAGGUAUGAAUUGGUCCCUGCUAUAAUCUCAAGAUUUGGCAGUAAUUGCCCAUUUGGGACAGAGACAAACACUGUGCUAAAUUCUUAGAUCACCUCAAUUUUAGAAACCCAAGGGCACAUCAGGCAAAAUGACUAGAGGAGAACUUUUUUGCAGUGGCAGCUAAAUAAGAUACCCUAAAAACUUAGCAUUACAUAAACAAAGAAGAGAACCUUAGCCCCACCCCCACCCCCAACAAAAGCAUCCACCUUUAUCCCAUUUUUGGCUACAAAAUGCGCCCAAAGUAGAACCAAUCAAUCUUGUCCCCAAGUUUUAUUUUUCUCCUGCUUGCUGUUGUUGCUUUUGCAGUCUGCACCACCCCUUCCUGCAACUGCAACCCCUUAUUCAUUCUUGAAUCAUCCUCAAUUUCUCAGGUUCCCAAAAAAAGAAAAAAAAAGUAGAUUAAUUAUCCAUUUUAUCAAGAUUUGUCCAAAAAAUGGAUGGCAACAACCAAAUCCCACAAGGGCUGAGCCCAGAAGAAUUCUCUGAACUCGAGCCGCUAAUUUCCACGUACCACACUUUUGAGCCAGCCCCAAAUACAUGCACAUCCCUGAUAACUCAGCGCAUUGAUGCACCAGCAAAAGUGGUGUGGCCAUUCGUCAGGCGUUUUGACAAUCCUCAGAAGUACAAACACUUCAUCAAGGGCUGCAACAUGACAGGGGAUGGAAGUGUAGGCAGCAUCAGAGAAGUCACGGUUGUUUCGGGGCUUCCAGCUUCUACCAGCACCGAGAUACUCGAGAUUCUGGAUGAAGAAAAGCAUAUUCUGAGCUUCAGGGUGGUUGGGGGAGAGCACAGGCUAAACAACUAUAAAUCUGUGACAUCAGUUAAUGAAUUCGAUAAUGAAGGUAAGGUUUACACCAUUGUUCUGGAGUCUUAUAUUGUUGAUAUCCCAGAAGGCAACACUGCGGAGGAUACAAAGAUGUUUACUGAUACAGUUGUGAAGUUGAAUCUCCAAAAGCUUGGGGUCGUGGCAAUGGCUUCUUUGCAUGGACAUGAAUGAAUUUGAUCGGAUAAAGGUGGCGAUGGUUCUGAUGGUGCGUUUCUGCAAUACUCUAGCUCAAAAAAAGGGGAGGGGGGGUGGGGAUUUAUUACCCCAUUAAAAUGGUAGUACCAUCUUCUCUCAAGGGUUUGUUGAAAGUUGAAAUUGGUUUCUCGUUUUUCAUUUCUUGUUUUAGGUGAUCAUCAAAUAUAAUUAAUUACUAGUUUUUGUUGGCUGAAUGUGAAAUCAGCCAUAGUUUUUUGGGCUAUCAUUAAAGAAAGUUUCAUUUCCUUCUAAAAUAAAUGAUUGGUCGGCGGCAUUGGCACAUUAAUUAGUUAGAUUUUUCUUUGGAUUUAAUAAGUUCAAUCAAUUGUACUUAUUGCUACUUUAUACAUUUGAUCUGAUUUGU